AUGAACUCUUUUUGUUCCAGAGCCAACAAAUGUUUAGACUUCUUGACCAACGUCAUGCUGACCUUAGCCUUCGGCUGUUAUAUCACCACCGUGUUGAUCGACACAAGCGUUCCUGUGGACAUCCGUGUCACCAAAGUCAUGCUGAGAAAAGUCCACAGCGUGACCAGAUUCGGGGAGCCCUGUGAUAUGGUUUACAUCACCUUUGACCUUUCGGCCAAUUUUCAGCCGGCAUUCAACUGGAAUGUCCUACAGCUCUAUAUCUUUGUGUUUGCUGAGUACGCGACACCGAAAAAUGCUUUGAACCAGGUGAUGCUUUGGGACAAGACUGUCUAUCGAGGAAAAGACACGCUGUACCUCAGAGACCAAAAAUCCAAAUACUUCUUCUGCGAUGACGGAAACGGACUGAGGGGCCACGAGAACAUCACCCUGACGCUGUCAUGGAACAUCAUUCCCGUCGCUGGAAGUCUGGCCAUUGUACUCGGGGAUGGAUACACCAGUCUGCCCUUUCCCAAAACAUAUGAGACUCCCACCAGCUAUUUGUGA